AUGCCGCCCAUUUACAAUGCCAAUUAUCAGGUUACCCGUCCUCUUUUUACGUCUGAUAACAAACUUAUCUCUGUAACCGGAUUGCGUUCAUUUGAAGUAUUUAAAAAGGACAAUGUUUCAUCAACCGAGAUCUCCUUCUCAACCAUGGUCCCAGCCUCAGCCACAAUCACAUGUAUGUACUAUAUCGACGCCAUUUCCCAAACGCCGGGAAGGCUAUUUCUGGGAACAUCAGAAGGACACAUAUUGCAAUGGAUAAGUGGCAGCUCAUUAACUGUUUUGCAUUCAUUCCCGUCGUUUUCGAUAUCUGCAUUCUCACACCAUCCUACAUCGAUUUUUGCUAUAGCAAUGAACGCAACCGAUAGGGUCAAAAAAUCGGGAGGCUCCAUUAUUCGUAUUUAUAGGCUAUCAGAAGUUGGGCCAUUGUUCGAUCUUGAAAUAUAUAGCAGGCGAUAUUCGUCGCCAAUAUCUGCUAUGCAGCCGCUCCGCCUUCAUCCUUCUGGAAAACCAGUACCUGCCGAAAUGAAAGGAUGCGAAGCUUUUUGUGUUCUUUGUAAAAACAGCAACAUGUUUAUGCUUUUCUACGUAAAGGACUCUGAAUGGCAUUCAAAGCCGCUUUGUUUUGAGCUCUCUCCAAAAUACAAGUCACACCCGGUUUCAAUGUUGUCCGUGAUGAAAAGCGUGCUGGUGGUCGGGUUUUCCAACGGUGUGAUAGCCCUUUAUUUAAUGAAUACCGAAAAGCAAGCUCUGCUGACAACACUUCAUUGGCAUUCGUCUCCAGUCGUCGCUAUGGAAUGGCAGAGGGCGUCAAAAUCGCUUUUCAGUGGUGCAUCCGAAGGUGUUCUUUGCCAUUGGAAUUCACCGCUCAACCCAUUUCUACGAACAAUCUCGGACUCAUCCGCCGCGUUUAACCCCAAAUAUGCACGGACAACUCGCCCCUCGACAACUCUUCCAGGGUUUGGAGCGGCGUUUAAAUAUAUCUCAAUAUCGCCGUCCGGUAAAAUGGCAGUUGUGACUAGCGAUAACUCAUUGCGGCUAUUGCCAACAUACUCUCCCCUAGAUCCAGCCUCGAGCUCGCUACUGUUGCUGCAUAGAAAUGGCCCUGCUUUUGUUCAAAGUGACCAAAGUAAACUUAAAGAAGAAACAGGCGGUGCAUCGGAGAAUUACUUUGGCCAAAAACCUGCAUUUUCAUAUCCUCUACAGUGCAAUUCCAAAUUUCCAGGAACAAUUUUGAUUCCCUCUCCAGAGGGAAUUCAAGUCAUCCAAGAAAAGAGCUCUCGCUGUAGCCAUAUCCUUGGGGGCAUGCCUACAGGCAUUCAGAGAAUACCAGGAAUUCCCUCGCUCCUCUCCUACUCGGCUUCUCUUGCUCUCUCGCCUACAGAAGUCGUUGUCGUGAUGAAAAACAACGAGUCCUCCACUUUACAACUGGCAUUGUGGAGACAAAAUGAGAAUGCAGAUUGGAUCUUUGUCUCAUCUGCAGAAGAACGUCCCUGCAAGAUAACAGAAUCACACCGCUUGUCCGUAAACCAACCUUCUCGUAUUUUUCUUUCAGGUCCUCUUGAAGGUGGUGAUUCUUUCGUUCUUGGUUUGCCAGAUGGUCAACUUUCGCUGUGGAAAGUUUCUGCAAAGGCAAUCCAACGGCAGUUGAUCCUUCGCCAGCCAAGAGGCAACCCCAUGAUCGCCAUGGAACUGGUUAUUUCAAACACAUUGGCCUUGAUCACUGCCUGUCCUAAAGGUAUCUCUACAUGGCUCUCCAUUUAUGAAAUUGCGCCAGGGCUUCAUUUGAAAUCGUGCACUUCGAUUGACCCACGGUUUGACUCGCUUAAUGUUAUCCCUGAAAAAGCCUUGGUGCUCGCGUCGCGUGCUCAUGGGCUCAUUUCAUUAUAUAAGAUACCUGAGAUAACUCCUGUCUGGUCUCUAAGGCUCAAAGAAGUUCAAGGUGCCCUUUUGCUUGCAUCAAAUAGAGAUGGUCUGGCCGUUGGGUUACCGGGAGGCCCACUUUUCUUCUGGAGGGCCAACGAUACUCGAGGCAGCAGCACGGAAUCUAAUUGGGGCUCACCGGGUUCCUGUAUGCUUCUCGCAUCCAACAAGAUUCCAAAAGAUACCGUGAGCUUGGUUUUAUCUUCCUCCAUUGAGGAGUCCAAUCCAAUUCCAUCAGUCGUGCUGCAAAGAGUCUCUGGCGAGUUAGUCACAAUUCCAGAAGUUUGCCAUGUCAAUGGGCCUUGUGGUGGUGAAGAAGCUUACGACAAAGUAGCAGCAGCUUCGGCGGCAGUUUCUCCUCGCCAAUCCAAACGAACAAUGGUGCUCAUGGCCGGGAGGGGUCCUUCGACUCUGAUCGACCGGAUUUCAGAAUUCCCUAGUCAUACUCUGCCUUCUCCACUCAAUUUGAUGGAAGGAAUAAUGCAUGGAAUCGGGCUGCACAAGCCACUCGUCUAA